CUCUUUUUUCUCAAUUCCCUCUCCAUUUCAACUUUAUUCAACAGUUAAUUUGUGUUAAUUGUUGCAUGUGGUUUUUAUUUUUGUGCUUUGCAUGAUUGCAUCCAAAUUGAAAUCAUCAUCAUCAUAAUAAUACUAAUACUUCUAUUUGCAUACAUUGCAUUAAUGCUUGUGGCAAGGUAAUAGUAAGUUAGGAACCUUGUGAUUGAUAUAUUGAUUCAAUUUGUCUAGUUUCUGGGGUUUUAUGUUGUGAAUCAUCAUCGUGAUCAAGCUGACAUUAAUUGUUCAUUUCUUGUGUGACGAUGCUUUGAUUUUAAUUAGCAUUUGACUCUCUCGUCAAUGGUUGUGGAGGCUCUAGUUCCUCUUCUUGAGAGCAACAUGCAAGCUAUGAAUGAAGACUAUUCAGCUUCAUUUACCAGUAAAAUGAAGGAGGGGAAUCACAAAACCUAUUCUUCCACCAGAGAUAGUAACAAUAACAUGCAGCAGGGUGGGGAACUUUGGACUAAUGGACUUAUUUGUGCUUUUGAAUUCAUGAGGGGAAAUGGACCUACCAAGAAGAAGGAUUAUUGCUUAGGGAGAAUUGGAAACAGUUUGAAUGAAUCAGAUUCACAUGGAGAUGAUUUUCAUUUGUAUUGCAAAGAGGAUCUUCCAAGGAGAUACUGGAGACCAAUUGGUUGGGAUAGAAUUUCUGAACUUGUUCAGGCAGUGCAUAGUGGUGAUGCACAGCCGUUUGAUUUCACGGAUGAUGAGAGUGAUGUUCCUGUUGCAGAUGUAGCGACUCCUUACUGGGAACGGCCGGUGGGGCCCACGUGGUGGUGUCAUUUGGAUGCUGCUGAUCCUUUUGUUACUGCCUGGUUUGGUAGUUCUCGCUGGUUGCAUCCUGCCAUCAGCAUCGCUUUGCAAGAAGAAAGUAGAUUAAUAAGUGAUAGAAUGAAACACCUUCUGUACGAGGUUCCAGUUCGAGUUGCAGGAGGAUUAUUAUUUGAACUUCUAGGGCAGUCUGCUGGUGAUCCAUUUGCUGAGGAAGAUGACAUUCCCGUUGUCUUACGGGCAUGGCAGGCACAAAACUUUUUGGUGACUGCUUUGCAUGUUAAGGGCUCUGCUUCAAAUAUCAAUGUGUUAGGUAUUUUAGAAGUUCAGGAACUGCUGGCUGCAGGAGGUGCUAAAAAUCCAUGCAGCAUUCAUGAGGUUGUAGCACACCUAGCUAGCCGACUUGCACGAUGGGAUGAUAGGUUGUUUCGUAAACACAUCUUUGGGGCUGCAGAUGAAGUUGAAUUGAUGUUUAUGAACAGGAGGAGCCAUGAGGAUCUGCAUCUGUUCACUAUAAUACUGAACCAAGAAAUUAGAAGAUUAUCAACCCAGGUUAUAAGAGUGAAAUGGUCACUCCAUGCAAGAGAGGAAAUUGUUUUUGAACUUCUUAAACAGUUGAGAGGAAAUGCAGCAAGAGCAUUGCUGGAAGGAGUAAUGAAGAGUACAAGGCAAAUGAUUGGGGAGCAAGAAGCAGUUCGAGGUCGCUUAUUCAUAAUCCAGGAUGUGACGCAAAGCACAGUCCGGGCAUGGUUGCAGGACAGAAGCCUCACAGUUACCCAUAACUUGGGAAUAUUCGGGGGUUGUGGCCUUGUUCUUUCCAUCAUAACUGGACUAUUUGGCAUAAAUGUGGAUGGAAUACCUGGAUCUUCAGGAACUCCUUAUGCCUUUCUUCUAUUCACCAUGAUCCUCUUUGUGCUAGGGGUCGUGCUAAUUGGAAUUGGAUUGCUUUACCUUGGCCUGAAAAAACCCAUCAUUGAAGAAAAUGUUGCACUGAGAAAGCAAGAGCUUCAAGAGCUAGUCAGGAUGUUUCAACAUGAAGCAGAAACUCAUGCACAAGUACGGAAAACGGUGCCUCACAAGGCUCAAACUGCAGCAGUUCGGCCACCAAAUGGUGCAAAUCAUCGUUUCAUAAUGUCAAAGUUGUGCAGUCACUAGAUUUUUGUAGGGCUAUGGAUAUAUGGCUCAAAAAAUUAUCAUGCUGUCUUUGUUGUUAGCCUAUUAGGUGAUACCAAUAAAAGAUAUGUUGAAAUGUAAAACAUAUUUGUUUCCAAGGUUGAUUUGGCUUAAGGAAUUAUUUAUCUCUUGACA